UUGUUUUGUAUGUAUAACAGAACUAGCACGUGAAGCUAAAUAAUAUUAAGUGGUAGUAGUUGAAAGGCGAUCGGAGGUUUUUUAUUUUGUUCUGUCUCUGAAUCGAAGCUUUACUUGAUUAAGAAACAUGUCUGGACGCGGUAAAGGUGGAAAAGGACUCGGAAAGGGCGGCGCCAAGCGACACAGGAAAGUGCUGAGAGAUAAUAUCCAAGGUAUUACGAAACCUGCCAUCCGUCGUCUGGCACGAAGAGGUGGUGUGAAACGUAUUUCAGGUCUGAUUUACGAAGAAACCCGUGGAGUUCUCAAGGUCUUUCUAGAGAAUGUCAUCCGUGAUGCCGUCACCUACACGGAGCACGCCAAGAGGAAGACAGUCACCGCCAUGGAUGUCGUCUAUGCGUUGAAGAGACAAGGCAGGACCCUGUAUGGUUUCGGUGGGUAAGCAAUGUGAGCCAUCACUUUUCGGCUGGGUUUUUUAACCUAACAUCUAAUUAUACCCACCAUCUUCCGAACCACUUGAAAAAAAAAAAACUACAUAAACGGCCCUUUUAAGGGCCACAAUAUCAUCCUGUUCGUCUCACAUUACCAAACUCUUUGAUAUGACCUUAAAAAAAGAAAACUUAAUUUUGCCAUUAUUAAAUUUAAAAUUUUCUUCACUGAGAGAAAAAAGCUGUAAAUUUUUGUUCACAUCACGUAUGAAAUAACUCUUUCAUUUAAACUAUUUUUGCCAAUAUCUUUGGAAUCUAUUUUUUUCCUUUAAAUUUAUACCUGAAAAUCGUUAUGGAAAUACAAUAACGACCCCUCCCUUUCUUUUUUAAAUUUUAAUUACACAAAACCUAAGAUGUAUACAUAAAUACAUCGGACGUAUGUGUGUAUAGAAAUAUAUAUAAUUAACAGGUCCUUAUAAAACAUUGGGAAUCUGGAUUAUACGAAGUUUUUCACAACGAAAAAGUAUUUCUUUGAAACCGAAUUCGUUAUGAAAAAUUUCUUAUCAAAUUCGUCAUUCAUAUCUUAACAUUUUAACUUAUCAAAGUAGAGGACUACCUAUUUGUACUUAAAAACUAUUUGCAUACUAUAUAAAGACAUCGGGUACCCUCAACAAGAGGCGAUAUUUAAUUAUAAAUUGUUGUCAGAAAAACCUUUUUAGAAAAUGUGUAAAACUUAUAAAAAAUGGACAAUUUGUUUUCUAUUGUUAAAUAAAUAUUUUCUGUUAAAGUGAA